UACGGGAUUCAGACCGGACUAUAUAGUUGCACUGAUUAUUGCCAGAGAUAAAAUAACGUUGGAUAAUACCGAACUUAUCUACUAGACUAACUACUACGAACCAAAACAUAUUUUUGACUUCAACAGGUUUGAUUGUUCGUCGCGACUCGCGCGAGAUUUACAAAUAAAAACAGAGACUAUUUGUGCAAAAGCAAAACUUAUCUUUCCUUCUUUUUCAAUUUGUGACUUUUUGUUCCCCAAAAUUAGAAAGUCCAAAAUAUUAGAUCGCCAUUUUUGUCUCUUAGCAAAAUGAAUCUGAGAAUUCCUUUAAAUUCAUUUCCUCUGUUCUUCUUUCCCCUGAAACAGAAUCUUUUUUACCGUAAUAUCCCAAUGCCUCCCAACGAUUGCUGUUUCCUCUUUCUCACUUUCAUUCCCGUUUCUUGUUCCUGCGUUGGAACCUCCAUGGAUUUGCGAUCUCUCCUUCUCUUCUUGUAAAAUAAAAACCCAAUCUUUUGCAGACGUUUUCACUUCUUUGUAUCAAUCGUAAACACCCGAAGAAUGGAUAUAAGCAACGAAGCAAACGUGAAUUCGUUCUCAAUAGGACCCACGUCUAUGAUCGGAAGAACAAUUGCAUUUCGGAUCCUCUUCUGCAAAUCAAUGUCUCCAUUGAGACACAAACUGCUCAGGUUCCUCUGGUGCUUCCUCGGAGGAGCUAAGGCUUUUCUUACACCGUUUGUGUCCUGGUUGCAUCCCAGGAACCCACAAGGGAUAUUAGCUAUGGUGACGACGAUAGCCUUUAUGUUGAAUCGCUACACAAGCUUAAAAGCAAAGGCUGAGAUGGCUUACAGGAGAAAAUUCUGGGGGAACAUGAUGAGAGCUGCGUUGAGCUAUGAAGAAUGGUCUCACGCCGCGAAGAUGCUUGAUAAAGAGACCCCGAAAGUGAACGAGACCGAGCUUUUCGAUGUGGAGCUUGUUUGCAAUAAGCUCGAGGAGCUUAGGACCAGACGUCACGAGGGAUCUCUAAGAGACAUUAUCUUCUGCAUGAGAGCUGAUCUUGUGAGAAAUCUAGGUAACAUGUGUAACCCCGAGCUUCACAAGGGAAGGCUUCAAGUUCCGAGGCUCAUCAAAGAGUAUAUCGACGAGGUCUCCACACAGCUUAGUAUGGUUUGUGAUACGGACACCGAAGAGCUUUCUCUGGAGGAGAAACUAUCUUUUAUGCACGAGACGAGACACGCGUUUGGAAGAACGGCUCUGCUUCUAAGCGGAGGAGCUUCUCUUGGCGCUUUCCAUCUCGGUGUGGUCAAGACGCUUGUGGAACAUAAGCUCUUACCGAGGAUUAUCGCCGGUUCGAGUGUUGGCUCUGUAAUGUGCGCGGUCGUGGGGACAAGGUCGUGGCCUGAGUUACAAAGCUUCUUCGAAGGCUCGUGGCACGCGUUGCAGUUCUUUGAUCAGAUGGGAGGGAUUUUCACUACUGUGAAACGUGUGAUGACCCAAGGCGCAGUCCACGAGAUCCAGCAUUUGCAGUGGAAGUUGAGGAAUCUCACCAACAAUCUCACGUUCCAAGAAGCUUACGACAUCACAGGACGGAUCCUCGGGAUAACGGUUUGCUCACCGAGGAAGCACGAGCCGCCUAGAUGCCUCAACUACCUGACAUCGCCUCACGUCGUAAUAUGGAGUGCGGUGACUGCGUCUUGUGCGUUUCCAGGUCUUUUCGAGGCUCAAGAACUCAUGGCCAAAGACAGAACAGGGGAGAUUGUUCCUUAUCACGCACCUUUUAACUUGGUUCCUGAGGAGAGCUCGGGAGCAUCGGUUCGGCGCUGGAGGGACGGUAGUUUGGAGAUGGACUUACCGAUGAUACAACUCAGAGAGCUUUUCAAUGUUAACCAUUUCAUUGUCAGUCAAGCCAACCCUCACAUCGCACCUUUCUUGAGGAUGAAGGAGUUUGUGAGAGCUUGUGGAGGCCGAUUUGCUGCAAAGCUCGCUCAACUCUCGGAGAUGGAAGUAAAGCAUAGGUGUAAUCAAGUGCUAGAACUCGGUUUACCUCUGAGAGAAGUAGCGAAGCUAUUUGCUCAAGAAUGGGAAGGCGAUGUCACUAUCGUCAUGCCCGCUACUUUUUCUCAGUACUUGAAGAUCAUACAGAACCCAUCUAAUGUAGAGAUUCAAAAGGCGGCAAACCAAGGAAGGAGAUGCACCUGGGAGAAGCUCGCGGUCAUCAAAGCAAACUUCGGGAUAGAACUCGCACUAGACGAGUGCGUCGCCGGACUUAACCACAUGCGGCGCCUUAAACGCACCGCUCAAAGGGCCGCUGCUGCCUCCGCCUUAUCUCAACAUCCUUUGGUCGCAACAACCACAAGGUUCAACGCCUCCAGGAGAAUCCCAUCCUGGAACUGCAUCGCGCGUCAGAACUCAUCCGGAUCCGUCGAUGAUGAUGUGCUUGCAGAAGCUUCGCUGAUUUACCAGCAAGUCGUGCUUGGAUCCGGGAGGAAUAACAGAACCGGCAACGACAACGUAUCCCACGACGGAGAAAGCGACGGAGGUUCCCCAGAGGCUGAAGACUGGACGAGAUCUGGUGGACCAUUGAUGAGAACCACGUCUGCUCAGAUAUUCACGGACUACGUCCAGAAUCUAGACGCCGUUGAUCCCGAACAGGCGCCAUUUAGAGGCUCCGACAGAGCUCCGGAGAGCGAUUCCGCUUCCCGUAGCAUCACGGUCACGGAAGGCGAUUAUCUCCUGACGGGGAAGACACACAACGGACUCGUGUUGAACCUUGUCAGAGGAGAGAGUUUGAGGAGGAAUCAAGAUCUGGAGGAUACGCAGAAGACCGUUGAAACUCCGGAAAGCGUGCAACUCGAUUCGCUGGUAAAUGAUAUCGACGGAGGUAGCUCGGAGUCGGAAGACGGGGACGCUCAGGCGGGGAAGGCGGCGGAGACGAAUCUAAUCUUAUGAGUAGGUAACUGAACUGUACAUACUAGACAGGCCCAAGUCAAAGAGAGUUUCCCUCUCGUCUGGUCUAAAGGACUAGGUUGCUGCAAAUCUCUACGACUUUGCAAUUUUGUAGAAUAGUCCUUUAAACUUAAGAAAAUAUUAUUUUAGCCAUGAUGUUUCUUUAACAUUAAACUCUCAUCCAAAGUAUUGGAUUGCUUUUCUAGCGACACCUACAAAAAUAUUAAAUAAUCGAAUUCGAACUUUCUUGCU